AUGUUUAAGCUACCUGCUGUUUCUUCAGAGCCUGUGUUGAUCGAGGGAUUGCCAGUGCUAAAGAUUCAAAACCUGCCAUCAUUCGUUGUUCUCCCAGAAUCAUAUCCUGCUAAUGUUAAGAUGACCACGAGUCAGUUCUCUAAUUUGGACAAGGCUGAUUAUGUCCUCAUCAACACUUUCUACAAGCUAGAGAUGGAGGUUGUGGAUAUAAUGUCAAAAAUUUGUCCAAUAUUGACAAUUGGGCCAACGAUUCCUUCCACAUAUCUGGACAGGCGUGUGGAAAAUGAUAGUGAUUAUGAUCUUGAUCUCUUUGAACUGGAAGCAAAUAUUUCCAUUGAUUGGCUCAGCACUAAGCAAAUAGGUUCGGUCGUAUCUGUGUCCUUUGGUAGCAUAGCAAGCCAUCAAAGUGAGAAGCAAAUGGAGGAAAUUUGGAUGGGCCUUAAAGAGAAGCAAUUUUCAUUUCUUGUGGGCAGUCAGAGAUGA